UUGUAGUAACAUUGGCCUGCUUUCUCCAAUAAAAAUCAAGUACAUAUGUAUGAAUCAUGGUAUGAAUGAAUGAACUAUGAAGGCAGCAAACGAAAGAUGAUUUUGUUCCUUACGAGACACACUCAUUAGCAGCUGUUAAACAUUAAACGUUAAUAUUAAUUUCUUAAUUUUAUAACGUAGUGUUACUUUUCUGGAAGAGUAGAUUACUUCAAAAGGUUUGGAUUGCUUGUAUACACUUCGAAGUUUUAUGGACGAGGGAUAUUUUAUUUAUCAACUCCGUUUGAUUUCACGUUUCUAUUAAAUUGUAUUUGGUCAUCCACUGUACACUUAUCCUUAAGAAAAAAUGGCACACUCUUCUGAUAAUGAUACGCUCAAUUUAUCAAACUUACUGGAAUGCAGCAUAUGCCUAGAUUUGUGUUCCGGGCACAUUCGGCAAUGUAAAAACGGUCACAAUAUCUGCGCAUCACACAUUCUCAAAAAGUGUCCAAUUUGCCGAAUUUCCUAUCAAGAAGGAUCUUGUCGUAAUAUACUUGCCGAAAAUCUCGUUGCCAUCGAAAGGAAUAGACUCGCACAAGCAGAACUACCCAGAAUUCAGAAUCCGACGGAUAAUUCGGUAGCGUCGGCGUCACCAUUUGUUGCUCCUCCUCCCGUUCUGGAAACACCGACCAACAUUUCUCAACAUGUUCAAAUCAGAAAUGGUAACGUCGCUUGUCCGUAUUCGGGUGAUGGAUGUCGCCAUCAGAACGUUCCUAAUUUGGUCGGACGACAUAAAAUUGGUUGUCAUUUCAGACCCAUUUCCUGCUGCCUUAAGACUGAUGGAUGUAACAAUGCUCGAAUCCCAUUCGGCCAGUAUAUUCAGCAUUUAAUAGAUAUUCAUGGAGUGAAGUCUUAUGAAGGAGGUUCUACCUGGAACAAUUACAUUGUGAAGAGUAGUUCCAGCAAGCGGAAAUUGGUUACAUCUGGGUCCACCAGCCUCUUUAUAUUAGUGACUGACAGCAAAACCUUCCUUAUACGAGCGAUAGAAAGAGAUGACCAGAUUUAUGUAUGGGUCGCAUAUCAUGGAUUACCACAAGAUGGGAAAAAGUACAAGGCAAAGAUCGAAUUCGAUUUUCCAAAUGCCAAUGGGAACUAUGAAAGUGACGACAAUUCCGAGGAUGAAGAUAAAAGCAGUGAUGAUUACCAUGAUUCGUCUGACGACGAAGAUUAUGAGGAUGUAAGCUCGGAGGAUGAGGGUGAAAGCUCGAAUGAUGAGAGUGAUGAUGAUGGUGGAGAUGCCGAUUUUGUAUUUUCUGGGACAGUCCGAACCACAACUCGGAUGAAUUUUGAGGAAGUCGAAAAUUCUGGAAAUUAUUUUCGUAUGUCGGUGGGGGACGUGGAGAAUAAUUUGGCAGUUGAGGCAAUCACACACAAAAAGUAUGUGGAAAGUUGGGCGAUUAAUGUGACUGUUAAGCGCACAUAGAACCUACCUCAUUUCUUAAUAUUACUCGUCAAACAAAUUAAUUAUACAUAAAUAUAUACUUAUAUUUAUGUGUGGAUACAUAUGCGAGUAUAUCACAUACAUAUGUACACUCGUUUGGAUUACUUAGGAUUAGGUAUUUUGAUGCUCAAAUACACUACUCAUUUUGCAGAUGAUUACUUUUUCACGUAACAAUUCAUUUUAUUCGUCUGGUUGGUCUGGUAAAGUAUCAUACAAAUCAAUGAUUUAUAACUAUCUACGACUUAUCAUAUUAGCGUUGCUAUCUGAGUUUUUUAAUGUGCCAACAUUUGUACUUUCUAACUUGUAACGAAUAAAAUUUGUAACCUAACU